CAACACACCGAGGAGGGGGGUGUAAGUGUUUUAUCUAUUUAUUUUUGUCUAAAUUUUGCCAAAUCAUUUUUAUUCAGGGUAGUUUUUCAACCCAUUGAAUGAACACCAUUCAUCUAUUUCAAAUCCUUUCCAGAAAAGAAGAGACACAUGUCAUAAUCUCUCUCAAAGUUAGUUGUUUUUUUGUUGUUGUUUUUUUGUUGUUGUUGUAUAUAGACUUACAUAAAUCUAGAAAGGUUGUUAAUUCGUGUUUAUUAUUCACAAUUAUUUUUGUCAAAAAGUAAUCAAUCAAUGUUCUAUUGACGUAUUAAAUUACAUUUAAAAAGGGGGACAGAUUUGAAUUUUUUUUUUCCAUUUUGAUUUAGAUUAGAAAUAUUUUAAGAGUCGCAUAUCUUCAAAUCUUCUGUUCCUUAAUCUAAUUUAGAUUUCUGCUACUUUUAAAAGUGUUGAGAAGUAAAACAGAGUUUGAAUUAUAUCUUUAGCUUUAGAACCCUUUUUUCUUUUUUCUUUUAUUUCCUGUUUUAAACUAUAUGUAGCUUUGGGUCGCGAAUUUUAAUAGUCCAUUUUCGAUUGUUCAAACUACAGGACAUAAAAUUUUCACAUAGUUAUAUCUAUUGUGUUGUAAUGACUGUAGUAUAUCAAAAUGAUAAUAAUAAAUGUAUUUCAAUGAAUGUAUUAUUGUAGAUAAUCUCCUCAAGAUUGGUGUUUAUUUUAUGUGCUCGAGUCCGAAUUCUUUCUACAUCGAGUUACUUGGUUCAUGAAAAACUUCCGGUUUUAAGUGGCCGCUUAAGUAGUCGUAAACUUUAAAUCAUAGAGUACAAGUUAUCAAGAUGUUUCACAACAUGUGAUCAACAUUUCAACGUGUUGGUAGUACUACCGUAAUUUUGAACAGACAUAAACUUAUAUCUAGAAUGCCGGGACCAGGGAGUAAAAAACAGGCACAAAGGACCAAAGGGAAUACAAAACCAUCCAGUAGUAGUGAGGCAGCCAAGCUCCUUUUAGGGGCUGGUACAGCCCCCACAGGAUUCAUUGGGUUUGGUUUCCAGAGUGGCAGUCCAGGAUAUGUACCAGCGAGUCACAGUCUGGAUGAUGUUGACACAAGUCUGGAUGCAGAUAUACGUAUGGUUCUAAGAAAACUUAGCAAAAGAGACCCCACUACCAAAGUCAAGGCAUUACAAGAAUUUAGCAGUCUAUGUAAAGAAAAAGAUGAACAGAGUGUCAAGGCAGUGCUUCCAUACUGGCCAAGAAUCUACAACAAGAUGACCCUAGAUGUGGACCACAGAGUAAGGGACGUGACUCAGUCAGCCAUGAACACACUGGUGCUCAGAAUGAGAAAGAACCUGGCUCCACAUUUGAAGAACUUGAUGGGUGCUUGGCUUCUUAGUCAGUGUGACACCUACCCGACCGUUGCCACCGCGGCACAACAGGCUUUCCAGACCGCCUUCCCUCCCGCCAAACAGACAGACGCACUGGUCUUCUGUAAGCAAGAAACCUCAGAGUAUCUUAUAGACAACAUUUUACGACAGACACCAUUAACACUUAGUGAUCCUAAGACAACAGAGAAAGAGGACAUGGAUAAUAAAUACAACCGAGUGCUAACUUCAUCACUAUUGGCUCUCAGAAGACAGCUGACUACUCUUCCAUCCAAUCAGAUCACUUCUCUCUCAGAGAAUAUGGACAACCUUUUGAAAGAUUCCAAAUUUUGGAAGCACGGAAAAUCAGAAAUCAUUAGUGUUCGAGCAGCAGUGUACACAUUUUUGAGCGGACUAUGUCAGACGCUUCCAGAAGUUGUUGCCCCGCAUUCAAAGAAGGUCUCCACCCACAUCCUACACAACAUUGAUGAGACAGAUGCAAUUAUCUGCCCAUGUGUGUGGGAGGCGGCUCUGUCCCUUGUCAGCUAUAUCGAUGAUUGUUGGCAGCACAUAAAUGUGGAGAAAGCUUUCUGGCCAAAGCUCAGGAAAUAUCUAGAGAAUGGUUGUAAUGGAAAUGCGACUCUAAUGGGAGGUGACCUUCUGCCUUUCCUGAGUAAAGUUCCAGCGACUCUUCUGGGAGAAGGAAACAAGUUCUACAUUGAAUUCUUCAACUACAUGAAAUUAGGGUUGAGUAAGGACCCAGUUCAGUCCAGUGCCAGUGAAUUAGGAGCUGUGGUUCGAGCCUACUUUGAGUGUAUCCAGUUUGUGCUGAAAUCUGCAGUGAAAACCAGCAAGGAUGAGGCUUUUUUGGAAAUAAUGAUGUCGGACCAGGUGAUGGGAGUUCUCCAUGCGUCUUUGUUUGAGUCUACCUCAGCCCUCCACAAAACGUCCCUCUACAGCCUGGUAGUAAAUCUUCUGACAUCACUGGAGACGGGCGACAAGACCGAGAAAUACAGAAACACUCUGACCAAAUUCUGGAGGGACCUAGGGGUCACUGUGUCGGAGAGACUGGGCUCAGGACUGGGCAGUGAUGACCGGUACCUGACCGACCGGCUGAUUCAGUUUGUCAGGUGUCUCCUGUAUCCACAGAGUGGCCUCAAAGCUAAGUCUGAUGUCAAGGUCAAAGUGAAGUUUGCGGAGAAUCCAAGUGUAGAGGAACUGUCUAUAAGUCCGGAAGAAACAAAGGAAUUAUCAGGAGAGGCCAAGGAGUUUGUGCAUAUGAUUACAAUUAAGUCAUUUGAGAUGGCUCAUAAACACAGUGAUAAACAAAAUCUACACUUAUUUGCUGCUUUGAUUGAAUUGUUACCAGACGAGAGGACAAUUAAGGAUAUUAUUUCAAAUUGUCAUGGAGAUGUAUCAAUUGACCAAUCACACUCAGGCUACUUUGUAUUUAAUGUUUGUUUGCCAUGGUUACACCAAUCACAGGAGUUAGAAGAAAGUGAUGCUGGACAGCUGAUAAGUGUUAUUUGUAGCUUCAUUCCGUUGCUUGAGUCAUCAGUCGUUAAAACGUUGUUGGAAGAACUCUGCAAGACAAUCAGCAGCUUGCCAGUGUUCUACAGUCUGCUGAAUAAGAUGAUACAGAUGCAGAAGCAGACGACGGGGGUGGAGAACUGGCUCCACAGCGAUUCCCUGGGGGAGAAGAUUGUCUCUGUGGCUCAGACUGUGUGUGAGAAGAGUCUGAAGAACUGUGAUGAGGACCGUGUGCAGCAAGGCUGGGACAUCCUGACUCUGGUUUUGUCGACGGGGAUAGAUAGAGUAAAACCAGCUACAGUCCACAACAUUCUACAGAUCAUCCACAAAUCACUGAUGGACCUCGAACUCAAACAGGACCAACAGCAAGCUGACCUCGCUGUCAAGUUUGUUGCCAAGGCAACCACAAGUUUCUUCCUUCAUCUAAAGGACUCUGGCAUGCUUCAGGCAGGAGAGAAGUUAUUGCUGUCCUUGUUUUCUAUAUGUGCUGACCAGUCGCUCCAGCUUCUAGAUUCUACAAGGCAGGAGGCAGAAACUGCAUGGAUUUCUGGGAUAGCAUCUGUUGUCAAGGAGACAGGAGGAUUUCUUCAAGAGGGCUCUAUUUUAUACCAAUUCAAAGAUGUCCUUCACAAACAGUUAUCCAAAACUGAAACCAUGGACCAGUUUCAGGGUGUGGUCCUGUCGACUGAAAAGCUGCUGGGUGUGAUGAAGGACAAUGUCCCGUCUGAAGACGACGUGGAGGAGAACCCAGUGGUGGCAGUCUUCCUCGAUGAACUGUUUGUUAAAGGACAACCAAGCAUGACCAAAUCACUGAUGGAAUACUGUUUAGUGAGUGGACGUCUGUCAUUCUGUGAGUUUCCUGUCGGUCCGGAUAAGUCACUUAAUCUAACUCAGAUUUUGUACACGGCUCUGUUUAAUGUCCAGCUGUUACUGACCUCAGCCCAUCGCUAUGACAACCAGGAAUUCCUAGUGGCUGUGCUCCGUAGUGUAACUCUGGUACAGGUGUACCAAGACAUGGAAAAAGGACUGUUGGUCAGAUUUCCUGAGAUCGUAAAAGGCAUAGCGACUCUGGAAGAGAAGAUAAAACUCCUGGUUCAGGGAAUGCCACAGAGAAAUAGAAACACGCUGAUAAACUUCAUCCUGGACAGGUGUAAAGACGACGGAUGUAUGAGCUUGUCUUUGAGUCAAAUUCUGCCGGAUGUAAUGUCGGAUUCUGAGAGCCUGGUGGAUGUGAGCAGUUUAAUAGAAAGGUUGUCUGAGCUGAACGAACCCAACAUCCAGAUAUUACAAACAGUGGCCCAGCAUCUGAAUGUUGCUGGUUUGACGAUCUUGGCAGAAGUCAUGGUUGCCAGGAUAAUCAGCUGUGAUGGCGAGACUGCAGUGACGAUGGACGGUGGAAUAUCUGCUCUAAGUGUUCUGAAUGCUAUUCUAAAGAGUAAAGCAAAUGAAGAGAUGGCAGAUCUAGGUGCAAGUGUCCUUAUGCAGGUCAUGAACUGGAAAGACGAAAUGGACGAGCUGCUGUUGUGUGAAUGUAACCUGACAGAUGUUGAGGGAGUUAAAGUUCUUGCUAAUGUAGAGAUUGUCAGAUUCCUUCAGAAUGCAGUACAGUACUUCCCAGAAAAAUUGUCUGACAAGUCCUGGGACUUCAUACUCUGUACAGCAGUGAGCCUUAUACAGACAGUGGAUGAAAGUGAAUCCCUCCUGAUGAUGUCGGUUCCGGUGCAGGUUUUCACUAUGUCUGUUUGUCAGUUGGUAUCGGAGAUUGCUCAUGCAGUAGAAGAUUUGUUACCAGUCAAACAAGGUGUCUACCCAAACAACCUGGCCACUGAGUGGGAGGAGUUCUUUAGUGAAGGAAUUUAUGCUUCACUGCUGCCAAUUUUCAACAGACUCACUGAGAACUUGCGGAAGAAGCCUGUGAAGGGAGUUAUGGAGUGUUUACUAAGAGGUGUGGCCAGUGCUGCAUCGUACUGUCCAAAGCAACAGGUGCUGGCCCACAAGUUACCGGCUUACCUGAUUGCAGACCAGUUGUCUCCCUUGCCAGACUCUCUUCAGUCUCUCAUUAAUCACAUGACUCCCUGUCUGAUGUUUCCUCACAGAAGUGUGCAAAUCGCAGCAUUCCACAUCCUCAAAAGAGUGGUGACAGAACUGCCCUCUUACGACAAAGAGGAGAUAACUGAUACAGAAGAGGAACAGACGUCAAGGAGUCCUUCAGUUUCCCUCAUACAGAUAAUACGCAAUAAACACUCCACCACUCUGGGCAGUGUGUUAAUGGACCUAAAUAUAGAUCACAUAUUUAUAGUGGAACCCUUUACAGAAAUAUAUCAACAUGUCCUGGCAUACCUGUUGUCAUGGAAACUCUUGUUGAUUUCAUUCAAGAAUUCUCCAGCAGAGUUACGGUCCAAGUAUGCUGCUUACCUACAAGAACACGGCUGCAUGAACCAGUUGAUGUGUGCCAUAUUCCGGUUGAUGCCUGAUGUCCCUCUCAACAAGGACAAAGCCAACAUAUUUGAGAAAGCUUUCUGUCUUCAGGCAAUAGAUGGACCGGGCUCUUCUGAGGUGUCUGAGCUGGCCUGCAGUGUGUAUAAGGAUGCACUGAAGACAACGCCAGCCCUUGUGCGGCUCUGGUGGAAAGACCAGGACAGGAAGUCUGUCAGCUAUGUGGACAAGUUCACCAGUAAAUAUGUCAGUCCCGUCCUGUGUACGGAAGAAAUCUCCUCCCUGGAUUCAUUAGAGAAGAAAGAUGUCAACUUCACUGUGAAGACCCGCCCCUCCACUCGUGAGGUAGUGGCCAUCCACACCCUGGAGGAGGUCUGUAUAGAGGUGGUUAUCACACUCCCCCCGAACUACCCCUUGGGUAACAUCACGGUCUCCAGCGAGAAAAAGGUCGGAGUGACAGCACAACAGUGGGACAAGUGGCUACUGCAACUCAACAUCUUCCUACAGCACCAGAACGGGACUAUAAUGGACGGGCUUAAGAUCUGGAGGAGGAACAUAGACAAGCGAUUUGAAGGAGUGGAUGAUUGCAUGAUCUGUUUCUCGGUGUUACACGGCACAAACUUCCAGCUUCCCAGACUUUGCUGCAGAACCUGCAAGAAAAAAUUCCACUCGGCCUGUUUGUACAAAUGGUUCCAGACAAGCCACAACUCUACCUGUCCAUUGUGCCGGAAUCUGUUCUAGUCUGCUGACAGUUGCUUAUCUGUGAUGAGUGUUAUUUUAAUCGUACAUGUACAUAUGUAUCGUGCAAUUUUUUGACAUUCUCAUGGAAAUAAAAAUCGUAUGUACAUGUACAUUAUUUUUUAUGUUAAUUUUCAUAACAUAUCAUGUAGUAUAACUGUGUGCAAAAAGAAAAAAAUCUUUCUGGUUACAUUGUGUUUUUAAUGCAAAAUCUUUCUGGGGUUUUUUUAAUGCUCGUGUUGUGAACUGAAUAUUAAAGAAAAAAAUCUUAUGAUCUUAACAUGUCUUGUGUGUUGCUCCGAAGAUAUUUUGUGGUUUGUUUUUUUUUAUUUUUUACAGUAAUAUUUUUUACAAGUCUUUCCCUUUAGUAUACUAGUUUCUGGAAUCUGCUCACAUGUAUCAUCAGACAAAGUUUCUAUUCUGUAAGCUACAAUUCAAAAGUGGAAAUAUUAUACCCUCACAAAAUGUUGAAGUUAAAGAAUGAAGAUUGAUCUUUGUAGAGUGUAGAUUGAAGUUUGUGACCAAUAGCUAGACUGUGUUUUUCCUCUUUUCUCUUUAUUACAUCAUGGAUAUUAAUAAAAAUCGAGGUCAAAGGCGUUUAGUGGAGCCUGUAACUUGUAUUCAGGUAAAAUAUGAAUAUAAUGUUAAAACACUUCUCCAAUCUAAUUAAAAUCGGAUCUUCUCUAUCCGAUGUAACAGAGACCUGAUUUUAAUUAGAUUGCUAUCAGGGUUCAAGUUUUGUAAGGCCAGGUAUUGUUAAAAGAGAUGUCUUAUUGUUUAAAUAUACAUUAAUAUAUGUAUAUAUUAUAUAUUGAAUAAAUAAAGAUUGCUAGAAUUAUCAA